CUAUGCCUAUAAUCAGUGUUGAGGGUCUAUUAGCUCUAGUCUAGAGCGCAUCGAGCGGCGGAGCUAUGUUACAGCAGCACCAGGCAGGGUCGGGGAGCGGGCCCGCAGUCCGGGGGCUCAAUUUAGCGAGACACGCGGGCCUGCAGUCUGUCAAUCCGGCUCUCCAUCAAUCACAACACCACCCCGGGGGCCUGCAACACGACGCCCCGGAGAACGGAGUCGAGACGCGGAAAGACAUCGGCGAUAUUCUACAGCAGAUCAUGACGAUCACGGACCAGAGCUUGGACGAAGCGCAGGCAAAAAAGCAUGCGUUAAACUGUCACAGGAUGAAACCGGCGCUGUUCAGCGUUUUGUGUGAAAUCAAAGAAAAGACCGGUCUGUCCAUGCGCAGCGCUCACGACGAGGAGCCUAGUGACCCGCAGCUUGUGCGAUUGGACAACAUGCUGCUGGCCGAGGGCGUUUCCGGCCCUGAGAAAGGGGGCGGAGCUGCAGCAGCCGUCUCCGCGGCAACCUCGGGGGGUGGUGUCUCACCUGACAAUUCCAUCGAGCAUUCUGAUUAUCGGAGCAAACUAGGACAGAUCAGGAAUAUAUACCACUCAGAGCUAGAGAAAUACGAGCAGGCGUGUAACGAGUUUACGACCCACGUGAUGAACCUCCUGCGGGAACAGAGCCGCACACGCCCCGUCUCGCCCAAGGAGAUCGAGCGCAUGGUGGGCAUCAUCCACCGCAAGUUCAGCACCAUCCAGAUGCAGCUCAAGCAGAGCACCUGCGAGGCCGUCAUGAUUCUGCGCUCGCGAUUCCUUGACGCCAGACGGAAGCGUCGUAACUUCAGCAAGCAGGCGACGGAGGUUCUGAAUGAGUAUUUCUACUCUCACCUCAGCAACCCGUACCCCAGCGAAGAGGCCAAGGAGGAGCUAGCCAGGGAGUGCAGCAUCACCAUGUCCCAGGUGUCGAACUGGUUUGGUAACAAGCGGAUUCGCUACAAGAAGAACAUCGGCAAGUUCCAGGAGGAGGCGAAUCUGUACGCAGUGAAGACAGCCGUGGGAGCAACACAGGGAGAGGAGUCACCAGAGACUCCCACCUCCACAGGGUCUGGCUCGUUCUCUCUCCCUGGCUCAGCUGACAUGUUCAUGGGGAUGCCGGGGCUCAAUGGAGACUCAUUUCACGGAGCAGCGCAGGGGGAGUCUCUUGGUCAGGGGUUGACUCGGGGCCGCUACACAGACAGGCUGGGAGCCAAUCACAUGUACACCUCCCCGGAGAACAGGGUUAACGGAGGUUGGCAGGAAGCAGCCACGCCCACCUCUGUGACCUCACCUGGAAGUGACCACUCGGAAAACUCCAACUGACCAUCUUGUCCUGCCAGUGGCUGAAAUGGAUUCUGGAGGGGAGGGGUCCUAGUUUUAUAUAUAAGAAAUGUUUGGUUUGGAGGGAUCUUUACGAGAUUUCAGUUUAUAUUUUUGUUUAUUUUUCUCAUUCUGUUUUCAGCUUAGACCAAGAGAGUGAGAGAGAAGGAGUGAGUGUGUUUUAACUCACUCUAGUUAAGCAUGUGUUAGUGUGAUAGAGGGGGAGGGAGAGGAUUUAGGAACUAUUCUUAGCCUGUCCUGUGCUUUGUUGCUUGGGAAGGUCAUGUGACUCAGGAGACAAGGCAACUGGAAACAAGGAGCAGCCACUGUGCCACACAGCGGAGUCAUGGGACAAACUAAAAGCAGUUCCUGAGUAAUCUGCCAGCUUUUUAUUCUUUUAUUUUGUUGAUACAUACCAUUCUCAUAAGCUUGUAAGAAACUGAGUGAAGCAGACAAGCAUCUGGCUGAUGCCAUUCACCAGUGUGUGAUGGAAGUGGACAAACCAGCUGCACAGCAACGCAAGAGUCACAAAACUAACAAACGGGAGGAGAGACACAUCGCUACUGUGGAGCGCGUCGCACUGUUGAAGGCCCUGGCCGAAACGCCUGUCUGUGGAGUAAUGGGGACGAUUUGAUCCCCCUGCACCCUAGUACACCACAGCUGGGUUUUAUUAAUUUUAACCCCCUUCUUCCUCUCCAUUGAUCUCUAACUCUUUUACAGCACUGGGGAGUCACCCUGGAUGUCUGUAUGUUAAUUCUGGGAUAAUGACUAGACUGUUCCAGCAAUCCAGUGAUUCCUCUCCAGGGCUGUAAAGGGCUCUAAUAAAAAAAACCUGGCUGCGGUGCAGCAUCCCUUACGGUAAUUGUUUUAUUUUAUUAUUUUUUUUACCGUUGGUCAUUAAGACCCUGUACAGAAUCACUACAUUUGUUCGAGCGAGAGAGAGACAGAAAAAACACUACUAAACUGUAAAUACAGCACAAUUAUAUAAAACAAAGGAAAUAUAAAGUUACAGAUCACAAAGAUGGAGACGAGUGGAUCGGAGAGUUCGACUCACGCUAAUAGCUGCUCCAUGUAUGAACAGAACUACACCAAAACAAGCAGCUCAAACUGCUUUUAAUUACAAGCUGUGUGUUUGUAUUGUUAUUAUUAUUAUACCUCAAAAGCAACUCAUUAAAAAUCAACAGAAUUUUGAAAGGGCCAGGCCCCCCCACCAUUUAAAAAUAAUAAUUGAAAUGUUUUUGUGUUUUUUUUUGUUUAAGAUUCAUAUUGUUUAUCGUAUUAAAGUGAGCUGAACCACCUUGGCUCUGCUUCCAAAGAGAACGACAAACAUGGCGCUCACAUGCUGGGGCUUCUAUUGGUGUCGCCAUCUUUUAUUGUAGUUUUUCAUCACAGGUCACUUUUGUUUAACCACACCGUAUAGCAAUGUAGCUUACCCAGGAUUGUAGGGUGACUAUUGCCUGAAACUGUUACUCCCAAAAAGGUCUUUUUAAAACAUUAAAAAUGAUGAAACUAUAGCAUAGAUGGAUACAGUACCUUCAGUUUAUCAGGUAAUUCCUAAGAAAGUCGAGACAUGGAAAGUGCGACUUGUCAUGAUCUUGUGGUCUGUGCAGCUUCUAGUUUUCAUUAAAUUUUUUUUUUAAUGAUUGUAUAUUGUGUGCGUGUUUUGAAAUGUGUUCGACCACGUGACCAGAUCUCUUUUAAUAAAACUGUUUGACAGCAAAUAUACUAAGAGUGUCCUGUACAGUACUACCUACCUCUCCUGAGUAUUUUAAAUAAAACUUUCACACACUUUU